AUGCCUCGUUCAUUCUUGGUAAAGAGACCGCGAAUGGUUAUGAGGGUCGCAGGAUGGGGGCAUCUCGUGGACGCUGAAAGAGGGGAUCUGUAUAUCCCAGACGCCAUCCUUAGGCCUCACCUGUCUCCGAGACCGGCAUCAUCCCCGGAAGCUUCUGAGGGUCCAUUCCCCUGCCGGGCUUGCAGGAAGACUUUUCCGCUCCAGCGCAUGUUGACCCGUCACCUGAAAUGUCACAGCAUCCAAAAGAGACAUCGCUGCCCCUGCUGUGGGAAAGGCUUUAACGACACAUUCGACUUGAAACGCCACAUGAGGACACACACAGGAAUAAGACCAUACAAGUGUCCGGCCUGUGACAAAUCCUUCACUCAGCGCUGCUCACUGGAGUCUCACCUGCGCAAGAUCCACGGCAUAUUACAGAGCUACGCCUACCGCCAGCGUCGCUCCAAGAUCUAUGUAUGUGAGGACUGUGGAUUUACAUCAUCCAGUUCAGAAACCUACACCCUGCAUGUUCUCGAGGUCCAUCCCGACAACCCAAUGCUCUCCAAACACUUACGGAAAAGAGGAGCUGGGAUGAGAGGAGAGAUGGGAGUGCUGCUCCAUCCAACGCCAUGUUACCUCCCGAAUCUUGUCCCCAACAGAUGA